AUGCUUUCUGUGGCCAAGAGACACCGUUCUGGCGGAGUCAGGCAAGGACGCAAACUCCUUCAAAAGCAGUUUCUGGAAAAGCUCGCACGUAUACCUGGUCCUCCAGUUACCUUCAAAAACGACGUGAACAAAGACACGCCAUCUCUCGCCUUCACAUACAUCCAAGAGUACGUCCUUGGUGAGGGUGUGUCUCGGGCCGAUUUGGACGCUGUCAAGACGGGAUGUGAUGAAUGCCGACCAGACAUGGGAGCCAACCGUGGCUGUCAGUACACCAGAAAAUGCAAGUGUCUGGAAUAUGCUGCUCCAGACCUUACUCGUUGCAAGACUGAUAAGCAAAGAGAGCAAUACGCAGCCUGGGAGAGAGGCGAGAUGGGCUCCGAGGGUUUGCCCAAGCGAUUCCCCUACAGAACUGACCCUAUUAACAAAAUGCUUGUGCUGGACAAUUUUUAUCUGGAGAGCCGAAACCCAAUCUACGAAUGCAACGAACUUUGCGACUGCGGCAAGAACUGCAAGAACAGAUUGGUUCAGAAAGGGCGAAAGGUGCCGCUCGAGAUUUUUAGGACACUGGGUCGAGAUUUUGGUCUGCGUUGCCCCAUUGAUCUCAAACGGGGCCAAUAUAUUGACAGAUACCUCGGUGAAUUGAUCACUGACGCUGAAACAAGCGCUCGUGAAGCGACCGGCAGUUACGAUAAGGCAUCUUACUUGUUCUCGCUCGACAAGCAUGCCGAAGACGAUGAUCGACCCGGCGCGCUCCACAAGAGAGAUUGCUAUGUGGCCGAUGGAGAGAAAAUGGGUGGACCGACACGUUUUAUCAACCACAGCUGCGACCCCAACUGCCGCCUGUUCACCGUGAGCUACAAUCGCAACGAUCGGUUGAUCUACGACUUGGCGUUCUUCGCGUUGGAGAAUAUCCCCGCCGGCGAGGAGCUCACCUUUGAUUACAUGGAUGUUGAAGACACAGAGUCUGCUCCUGGUCAAGCACCCAACGAUACUAUGGAUGUUGGCGGCGUGAAGUGUCUUUGUGGGGCAGAAAACUGCAGAGGCAAACUGUGGAUGUGA